AUGGCGGCGACUGUUGGUUCGAGACUUCUCGCGCCGUGGGUGGGGGACCAAAACCCUCCUCCAUCACCACUCGCUUCGAAUCCGGUCGUCUUCCGUCGGUAUAGUACCGGUAUCGACUUGCUGGAAGGCAGUAGCAAAAAGAACAGGAGGUCGUCCGUGAUUGACCCAGCCAUGGCGUUGAGAAACCUAAAGAACUCUUAUAUCAGCAAGGUCCACGGCGGAGGAGGAGGAGGAGGUGGCGGCGUCGACGAUGAUGACGAAGUAGAGGACGAGCGGUCUCGCAACCGCACGAAGCGUUACAGCCGAGACGACACUACGACCUUGGCGGAGUUCUUGAAGAACCACGAACCGCCGCCUAGCAGCUACAUGUCGGUUCCCUUUGGUCACGCAGACGACAAGGAUCAGGAGUCCAAGUGGUCGAGAUUCAAGGCUCUGAAGAAGAGGAGCAAAUCCGUUCCAAGGCCGCCCCAGAACAUCCAGCUACCAGACUCGGCAGUGUCAGGCUUGACAAUUGGUGGCCACAGGCACAUUGCCAUUUCGAUUCCUCUCGAGGCCCUGCCAUUCAGUUCCGACCCCAACUCGACAACGCAGAGCCCUGCCAAUGCGGGCAACCAGGCUAACAAUGAGAAGGCGGGGGGACAAAGGGACGAGCAUGGAACCCUCCCACGAAACUAUGUUGUCCAGACAUACUCAGAGGAAAACGGCACCGUCACCGUUCUCCCCGCCGCGACAAACGAGGUGCGCGCGAGGUCCAAAGCGCCUCCAGCGCAUCGUUUCAGCCUCUUUCCCCCUCAGUCAUCGUCCUUGUCUCCGACAGGCCUGCCGCAGAGAUGCAGCCUUCCUCCAACCUCCACCGUGAGCCAGCCCGCAGGAAUGCCUACAGACGACCCUAUGGGGUUCAGCGCCCGGAGCAAGAGGGAUAGCAAACAUUCGAGCUAUUCCACCAUAUCCCCAAAGCGAACCGAUCCACCAACUCCAACGCAUAUCGCCAUGUAUGCGCAAGGAACGGCUGCCUGGGGAGCCGGCGCGGCUCAAAGCCCCCCUCAGAGUCCGGCCAAGACGAACACUCAACGUAAAGCAAGGGCAUCGAGCAUGGUCAUUACUACUACUGGCCAGAAGCACCUUCAUCCCGCACUUUCGCCGUCCAUUGACGGCCGGUUGAGCGUAGCCAGCGGCAUCGAACUCGCUCGGGAUGGCUACAACAAAAAACCCCUGCCAAAGCCGCCAGCAGUCAGCGACCCUCGGGCCAAGCAGAAACGAAGGUCGGGCGUCGGAUAUCCCUCCCCCAUUACUGAGGAGCUCACCGAUGGGUCCACGAGAAGCAACAGGCGCAGUGUCCGACGAGCAGUAUCCUCCCAGUCAAUGAUGCCUGCCAGCCCAGAGAUGCCCUCUCGCCCGUCGACGGCAGGUUCCAUACAAAGCCGCCGCGACAAGGUUCGAGAAAAGAAAAGGAGAGACAUGGAAGCCGUCCGAAACGCAAAGGCAUUGAAAGAUUUACAGAGACGCCAGUCUGUGGACCAACACAACGAACAAGAAGGCGGAGGACAAGGCCAUGAUGCAAGCGGCAAUGUGCAGCAGCCUCUACGCAAUGCGAAAGCGCAAGAGGAAGAUGGGCGUCCCCGGAUGUCGUCUAUCAAUACACUUUGCCCCGUCGUCGUUGUAGUAGACCUUCAACCCUCGCCGGGAUUGCCAGAUGAAAAGACCGCCCGAAAAGCCUCGCCUCCGCCCUCACCAUUGCCCAUGCCGUCACCGUCGCCGGACAAGAGUCAAAUGCGCAUCUCUCGGGACAUUGACAGUGAGCUGUACCUACAACAAAAGCGUAACAUGAUGGACGAGCAAAUCCUACGACUCUACGACUCCUACCACGAGAAUCGGCUGCGAGAUGUGGAACGACGCAUUCGGAGGCUAGAGCGCAAUGGCGACGUAUGGUUGCGGGCUCUGGUCCCCGUGCUCGAUGACAUGAGCCGCAACCUCAAGGCGAUCCAGCCAUCCAGUCGCAUCGACAGAGACGCAGACGCGAAUGGCGAUGGCCGAGGAUGGGUUUCGGAUGACGAGGUGAGCGGAGCAAGCGCGGAGCGCAAAGCUCGCAGUACCAAACGGGCCAAGACGCCCACGAGGAGAGCCAGCCUCUCGCGAGGUCGGAUCAUGGCGGGACUCAUUGGGAGAAGGCUCGCGUCCGACGAUAGCGGAAGCGACACGAUGAGCAGGAGCGACGAGAUGGGCGGCCUCGGGCUCAUUGAGCCUCUGAUGCGAGAACUGGCCGGCGAGGCGAGGCGGAGACAGCAGCAGCUUGCCGAGAGAACAGCGGAUGAUUGGCGUCACAACACUGUAUAA